UUAUUGAAAAUAACUUUUUUGGCUCAAUCAAAUAACAAAAAUGGCUAAUUUGCUUUUAAAUAUAGGGACCAUUAAAUCCAUUAAAGCAAAGAAACAAAUAUAAGUUUGUUUUGCACGAGGGCUGCAUAACGCACAGGGCUGUAUUGUGCGGCUUGCUAAAAACACCUGUUUAACGGCAAAGGCGAAUCAAAGACAGGGCUGUGCUAAUAAAAACAUCUGUUGUGUUUAUGACAAUGUCUGUUUUACACACGAUUACAAAAUCUCUUCCAAAACGUUUAUCAAUAGCACAAGCGACUGGCAAUGGCUUUCAACCAAAUUCCUGGUGUAGUGUUACCACACCACAUACAGAAACUAUAACUCCGAUAUCAAUACCAAUAGUACGCAGGAUAUGGGGCUAUGUGGCUGUGGCCUUCAACCAGGUGGAUAAGGAUCGUUUGUCAAAGGUGGGUCCGAAUCGCCUCUGCGCCGAAUGGAUAUUAAAAAAUGGUGGAGGUGUACGUUUCACUGAAAAUCCAACAAAACUGUGGAAGGAUUACAAUCAUCUGCCGGCGGAGAAUGUACCGUUUCGUAUUAAAGUUGUGGACGCCACCAAUUCAUCGAUCAUGAAAAUUGGCUUGCACCAUUUCGAAGGCUGCAAAAACAUAGACACCGUUAUAUUUCACAAAUGCAAGCAUUUGGAAAACGACGGCCUAGAGGGAUUGGCAUACAUCAGCCAGUCGCUAACUCAUCUACAGGUAUCCGGCUGUUAUAAUAUCAGGGACUCCGGCUUGGCCAUCAUAGGCCAACUGCAAAAUCUGAAGCAGUUGCUUAUCUUCGAUAUGCCUUUCGUCAAGGAUAUAGAUGAAGUGGCCAGAAGCCUAAAAAAAAGCCUGCCUGACUGUGACAUACAGGCCACAAAGCGUGGAAUAAAUAAAUGAGUUGAGUUGAGCAUUUCAAUGGUCUUCUGAAUACUGGAGACAACAAUACAGAAAUAAUUUGGGUUGCUUGUGAAAAUGUCUUCAGUCAAGGAAUGAAGGAAAGCAAGUGCUUUAUACUAUUUGUAUCAUUUGGGUAAACUGUUUUCUAAUGAUCUAAGCCAGCGAGUACUGUAUCCUGCGAAGUCAAGCCUCAAAUGACUAUAUAUCUCAUUAAUAUCUGUGAUCCUGUCAUGGACAAGCUUUAUCAAGAAUUGUAUAUGUAAGCAUAAUUGAGAUGUGUAAUUGGUGCUAUGCAGCAUUGUUAUAAAAUGCCCUAAAUAACUUAUCAAAUAUUAUUUGGUGUUCCGUGCAGUCUAUCUGUAUUAUGUACUAAAUGAUGUAUAGUCUAGGUGGCAGCCAGUAUAUAAGGACGUAUAUCUUCGACAUCCAGGAGCUGCUCAGGAGCCACACGCUCGCCACACAUGGGACAGUCUCCAGUUUCCGACAGAAUGCUAUAAGCAAAUAUAAAGUAUAUAUUAUAUUUAUAA